AAUAAUGUAGUCAGGUAGUCUCCUCGUGCGUGCGACUGGCGCUGGUUCACUCGAUAGGUAAAAUAAUAUUAUUUUUCCCGUGAAACAGUGCGUUGGCGCGUCUAUAUCGUCGUAUUUGGCGGGCUUAUUCGAUGUUUGCGCGUUUCACGUGUCGUCAGUCGUAACACAUUAAUAUAAUAUUAUCGUAAACGUUGUUAUUAUUGAAUGUCCGUACGACGAUUGACCAUUGACAUGUAAUACAAUAUACAACGGUCGACAGUAUGAAAUCUGACAUUAGAAUACAUUUUAUUAUCGCAAUAUUCAUUUUGUUCGAGUCGUGGACCGCUGCUAUUGACAUUCCCUAUGAAGAUCUCAACAACCCAUAUAAGUUUUGCCCUCCGCGGUCCAGUUGCGCAGGAGUUGACCAGAAAGUGGCAGCAUCGGAAGUGCAAGACAAUGACGACGGCAUGGGCGGACUACGGCGAAACUGUCUGUGCGACGACCUUUGCGGCGAGUACGGCGACUGUUGCACCGAUUCGACACACUUUGACCCCGUGGAACAGCAGAGCGCCGCUGCUAGAUACGGUUGCGUGCCCACAGACGGAAUCGGUGGCGCGUACGUCGUGAACAGGUGUCCGGCCACGUGGACGAACACGAGGGUGCGGGACGCGUGUCAUGCGGUCACCGCGGACCGCGAAGGCAUGCUCGGUAAUCCCGUGACAAGCCGGACGACGGGACACUCGUACCAGAACCGGUUCUGCGCAGUGUGCAACGGCGAUGCGGCAGACCCGAUCCUUUGGGACACGCGGAUCGUUUGCAAUACACUUCUCGGCGUGGCCGCGGGCGCCGAACAAGCGGUGCUCAACACGCUCCGGUACGACGCGGCCGCUGGCCGAUGGGUGGUCAAGUACAUCGGUGACACGUACGAUUGCGACCAGAUCGUAGUGGCGCCGGCCACGACCCGUGUCCGGAAGUGUUUACCGAAUGCCGUGGUCACGUGUCAUCCCAAGUGGCCGAACGACGAGAUCCGGUCCAAUUGCGAGGCGUACACCACAGUGAUGUACUACGACGACCGGCCGUACAAGAACAUACACUGCGCCAUAUGCAACCACGUGCUCGUGCAGAACGUCACCUGCCAGUUCUCCAGCAUUCACGUGAGGUUUCCCAACCAGUUCGCGGUCCGCAGCUUCACCGCGCUGUUCGUCGCGCAACCCGGCCACCGCGAGUGCCGCGGCUCGGACAAGUUCUACGACCCGUUCAGCAAGACAUGCCAGUCGCUGCGGACGUCGGUGGCCGGCGACGGCGUGCAGCUCAACUGUUCCGUCGUGGCCAUGUACCCGUCACCGGCCGAAGGCUGGCGGCCGCCCAACGCCGGCGCCGAGUAUGUGACGCUAGAAAACGGCACGAUGGCCGUGUGCAUGGACGCCGAUCAGCAGGUCACCGGCGAAACGCUCAGGUAUGUGGUGCUCACUUACGUGGGUCUGGGCGUGUCCGCGGUGUUGCUGAUCGUGCACCUGGCCGUGUUCGCCGUGCUGCCCGAGAUAAAGAACCUGUCCAGCAAGAACCUGGCGUCGUUUUGUGUGUCGCUCUUGUGCUCGUACGCCGCGUUCGUCGCCGGAAACUGGCUCACCGGUCCCGCCUGCUACGCCGGCGCCGCAUUCACCUAUUACGCGUUCCUCACGUCGUUCGCGUGGAUGUUGGUGAUGAGCUUCGACUGCUGGCGCUCGCUGCGCCUGGCUACCGUCGAGCUGCGCGUCACCAGUGGCCGUCAGACGAAAAAGUUCCUCGUCUAUUCGGCCGUCUGCUGGCUGGUGCCGGCCAUGAUGACCUUUGUGGCGGUGGCCGCAGACGCUGUGCCCGCCGUGCCCGACGACGUCCGUCCACGGUUCGGCGCCGACCAGUGCUGGUUCGGCAGCAAAACGGCGCUUUUGCUGUUCUUUGCCGGCCCUUUGACCACCAUCAUGGCCGUCAAUGUCGUGCUGUUCGGCUGGACCGCGUACAUGAUCCACUCGAGCCGCGCCACCGUCCGGCACAUCAACACGCGCCACGUGCGCCGCGACUUCCGCAUGUACUGCCGUCUCGGCGUACUCAUGGGCCUGACGUGGUCCACCGGCAUAGUGGCCAGCUAUACGGACGCCAAGUACAUGUGGAUGCUGUUCGUCCUCCUCAACACGUUCCAAGGCUUGUUCGUGUUCGUCGCGUUCACGUGCCGCCGCCGCAUACUGGACUCGCUCGUCCGCGGCGUCGGCGGCGGAAACCUCGGCCUCGGCCACCUGUCCAACGAAAAGUCCAAGGACGGGGACAAGCACUCGCGCGGCCCGCCCCCGUCGUCGUUCUCCUGGUCGUCCAGCGACAACGGCGUGCCAAUCAGUUCGGAGAAAACGACCGACACGCUCUACUGAUCCGGCCGCCACCGUAUUAUUGUCUCGCGCGUUCGAUUUUAUUGCUCCGAACACGAAUCAAAACACAACUCGAAGACUGAACGACUAAGAUUCGCCGUCGGCCGACGGCGAUGAUGAUGAACGCACAAAUAUUUGUUGUGUUUGUGUUGAUGAUGAACACGCGAUCGCCGCCAGCAGAACGCUCUCUGUCCCCACUGAGAUCUGUUUUUUAAUGAUUUUUUUUUUUAUUACCUCUCUUGUGUCCUUUAAAUUUACUUGCGCGCGCAUGUUCUUGACGACUCUUAUUAUAACGAUAUGAAACAAUUGCUCUCUUGUACGCGUCUUGCUGUGUAUAUUUUUUCGAUUUAAUACAAAGGUAUGCGAAGUGGCUUACAGAAUAAAUAAUAAAUGUGCACACUUAAUUUUUUGCAUAAUUAGGUAUAUUACGUUACUUAUUACAUUGUAAGUAUAUACAUGUACGCAUUAUAAUAUUGACAUUUUGUAUGUAAAUUAUAUUCCUAACGUAUAUUAUGUUACGAUUAAUUCAAUCACGUAUAGUUUGUACAGUUUAUUAUUUAUUAUUAUUUUGAUAAUUAAAAUAUUAUUGACAUAGUUUUA